AUGCCUGCAGAACCUAUCCGUUACGUUACAAAAGUCGACCUCGCCAAACCUGGCCGCGAACAACCGCAGGUGCACAACAGGUGGCACCCAGAUGUUCCCUUUUCUGAGACCAUACAUCCUGGUGAAACGGUAAAAAUAGAGUGUUUGGACUGGACAGGAAACCAAAUCAAGAAUGAUGAUUCUGCUGAUGACAUUUUGAAUGUGGAUCUCUCGGCAAUCCACUACUUAUCAGGACCAUUCAAUAUUGAGGGAGCUGAGCCGGGAGAUGUUUUGGUGGUUGAAAUCAAAGACGUGCAACCAUUGGAAAGACAGCCUUGGGGUUAUUGUGGAAUCUUCCACAAAAAGAACGGUGGUGGGUUCCUAGACAAGUUCUAUCCGGAGGCUGCAAAGGCGAUUUUUGAUCUUGAAGGUAUCCAUGCAACCUCGAGGCAUAUUCCACAUACCAAAUUCACCGGUUUGAUUCACCCUGGUAUAAUGGGCACAGCUCCAUCCCUUGAAGUUUUGAAUGAAUGGAACAAAAGAGAAAUGGGGUUGAUUGAUAGUAUCCAACACCAACAUGAUACCGCGGUAGCACUACCACCUUUGGAGCUAAACGCACAUUCCGGUAGUGCCACUGGAGACCUUGCUGGGCGUAUCGCAAAAGAAGGUGCUAGAACAAUUCCUGGAAGACCAGAAAAUGGGGGCAAUUGCGAUAUCAAAAACUUGUCAAGAGGCUCCAAGUGCUACUUUCCUGUGUAUGUCAAGGGUGCAAAGUUUUCCAUUGGCGACUUGCACUUUUCCCAAGGUGAUGGUGAAAUCUCAUUUUGUGGAGCGAUUGAAAUGCCAGGAGUGGUAUCGAUUAAUACAUCUGUGAUUAAAGGUGGAAUGAAGAAACUUUCCAUAAAGAGUCCAAUUUUCACUCCAGGUGAUGUUCAAAAUCAUUACGGUCCGUCAAGAUAUUUGACUUUUGAAGGUUUUUCUGUUGAUGAAGAAGGUGAUCAGAAAUACCUUUGUGCGACUACGGCUUACAGGCAAUCAUGUAUCAGAGCCAUUGAAUACUUGAGGAAGUUUGGUUACAAUGAUUAUCAGAUUUACUUGUUGUUGUCAUCGGCGCCAAUUGAAGGUCACAUUGCUGGAGUGGUUGACGUACCAAAUGCCUGUACAACACUUGGUAUUCCAAUGGAUAUAUUUGACUUUGACAUCAGUCCAGAAGGAAGCUUAAAGUCGUACGACAUGGGUAAUUGUGCGUUGGUCACUAAUGCCGACCAAAAACUUACAUAUGACUUCAAGUGA